UGCAAAACGUGACAAUGCCGCGCCCAGUGGCGUCGCCGCCUCCUCUCGCCAAUCUCCACGAGGGCGACUGGCUAGAUGUCAUGGACCACGACGGCAUCUGGAGCGUUGCCCGCGUCCUGCACGUCCCGUCGCCCGAAGAGCUGGAGAUAACGUACGACGGAUGGCCCUCCGACUAUGACGAAGUCGUGGAAGUGGACAGCAACCGUGUGGCGCCGUAUCACACAUUCACAUGGGCCGCCAAGUGCUGGAUCAGACACUUAAACUGGCCCAUGUGGCCAGGACUGGCCACUAUUCGCUCCCCUGGAUCCGAGGCAGGUAUGAAGAACUUAAAUAAGGAGAACCGCCUUCAGGUGGACUUUAUGGACAGCAGCAGCUUUGUCAAAAGAGCGCGCUGUUGGCUGCUAAAGGGCCACGUCAAACCUUUCGACGAGAAGCACGACGAGAGACGGAAAAAGUCUAAUAGAAACCAGUUUGAACAAGCCUACGGGUUUAUACUGCAGUCUAGUGCGGACGAUGCUCUACCCAAGUUUGUCCCGAGAGGAACAGUGCCUCUAAAGUAUAAGGAGGCGGCGGUGGAGUCUGUGGAAACGAAGCGGAGAGAGAUGGGAGAUGAAGAAUGGUUUGCCAGGUUUGCGAAGAAUCAACAGCUUCACCAGCUGACGCACCAGUAUAUUACACUCGACGGUGAUGGAGAUGACACAGCAAGUGCUGAGUCGGUGAAUGAGGUAGAGCUGCAGCCAGAAAUUCCCGUAUUUAAACCAAAGCGGAAGGCGACAAAGCGAAAGGCAGCAAAGACGAAAAAGGAGAAGAUGACAACUUCAAAGCAUCAGACGACAGCAAGUGCGAGAAAGACAUCGCCAGCGGUGGAGGAAGAAAAUAUGUCAUUGAGUUCUAAGAGACCGAAACUGUCCACAUCAAUGGAACUAGAGGAAGACUUUGCUUCGAGUGAGGAGGACGACGCAACCGAGAAACCGAAGAGACCCAAGUUGUCUACACGGGUGGGGCAAAAGAAGGCAGAGCAAAAAGGUAAAAAGACCAAGCUAACAACAGCGGUGAAACGUGCAAGCGCGCUCCCUAUCAGCAGCAACAGACGGCUUCUAUGCGUAAAGAAGUAACGUGCAGGUCUGAAGCCAUACAACUGGAGACGAAUGGAAUUCUUCGUUUUGAUAACUGGAGAAAAACGGAAUACUUCGUUUCGAAUUCAAUACUGAAGAACAGAGGAGAGAAGUUCACACCAAAAA